CUCUGCUUUGCCCUUGAAACAAAUGAGAUAUAAAUACAGAUACGUCCCUGGCUUUGAGCUGUAAUCGAGUAGUAGCUGAAGCAGCUCAUUCCCAACAGAUCCAGGCAAACUUCCUUUUAGUAUGAAAGGAUUUUUCAUAGUAACUUCUCUCGCACUUUUGGUUGAAGCUUUUGGCCAAUUCGAAACUUACCAAUGGGACAACCGAAGCGCAAUUGUUCAUCUCUUUGAAUGGAAAUGGGAUGACAUUGCCGAUGAAUGUGAACGUUUUCUGGCCCCUAAAGGAUAUGCAGGAGUUCAGGUUUCACCUCCAAACGAAAACAUUAUCGUCCCCGGUCGUCCUUGGUACGAACGGUAUCAACCGGUAUCCUACAAGCUUGUAACCCGCUCGGGCGAUGAAGAACAAUUUGCAGAGAUGGUUGCACGUUGCAAUGAUGUUGGUAUCAGAAUCUACGUGGAUGCGGUUAUCAACCAUAUGGCAGCUGAAAGUAAAACUUUUCUCGGCACUGGAGAAUCCCCAGCCAAUCCAACGGCCAAAAUGUUCCCAGGAGUUCCAUAUAGUCCUGAAGACUUCCAUCCAAGCUGUGGAAUUGAAAGUUAUCAGGAUGCAAACCAAGUACGGAACUGUGAGUUGGCAGGACUUCGCGAUUUGGAUCACAGCAGAGAAUCAGUUCGUGAUAGGAUUGUUGAAUAUUUCGAUCAUUUGGUGGAUUUGGGAGUCGCUGGAUUUCGUGUUGAUGCCGCCAAACAUAUGUGGCCUGAAGAUUUAAAGGUUAUUUAUUCUCGCGUCAAAAACCUCAACACCGAUUUCGGAUAUCCACCCGACUCAAGACCCUUCAUUACUCAAGAAGUUAUCGACUAUGGCACGGAAGCAAUUUCAAAGUUUGAAUACACAGACUUGGGAUCGGUAAUCGAAUUCCAAUAUUCUCACGAAAUAGGGAGAGUUUUUCGAGGAAAGGUACCUUUGAAAUCGUUGGCCAACUGGGGUCCUGAAAUAGGUAUGAUAGAAUCAGAAAAGGCCUUAGUGUUUGUUGACAACCACGACAACCAACGAGAAGGAGGUGACAUACUAACUUACAAAGAGCCUAAAAACUACAAAAUGGCAGUCGUCUUUAUGUUGGCAUAUCCAUUUGGUAUUCCUCGAAUAAUGAGUUCAUUCGAUUUUCACGACCCUGGACAAGCUCCCCCCAGUUCGGAUGGAGAGACUCUUCUAUCCCCAAGUAUCAAAGAAGACGGCAGUUGCGGAAACGGUUGGAUCUGCGAACAUCGUUGGCCAGCAAUUUACAAUAUGGUUGAAUUUAGGAACACUGUUCGCGGUACCGUGGUGGACAACUGGUGGGAUAAUGGCAAUAACCAAAUUGCAUUUUCUCGUGGGACAAAAGGGUUUGUAGCCUUCAAUCUGGAAGCCUUUGAUUUGGAUGAAGAUUUACAAACUGGAUUACCCGCUGGCAUCUAUUGUGAUGUUAUCUCCGGAGCAAUGGUUGAUGGGGAAUGUACUGGCAAAAUUGUUGAGGUUCGAGAUGAUGGAACAGCUAUCAUACAGAUUGGUGCCGAGGAGAAAGACGGGGUGUUGGCAAUCCAUGAGAAUGCUAAAUUGUAAACCGAAAUAAAGAGAAUGCAUUUUAUUCGAAGUAAA